GGCUCUGGUUCAUUCGCAAUGGAUCCAGAAACAGAACAAGGCUCAGAAUUCUCAAUCGAAUUGCAAUCGAAAGCGUUCCAAGUUCUAAGCUCAAACGACAACACCGCAAUGGAAACCCUCUUCUCCCACCUCUUCUACUCUCCUCAUUCCGAACAACUCCGAUCCCAAGCACUCGAAUUCUUUCAAUGCUGCAAACACCACCACCCCGAUCUUCUCUUCAUCAAACUCUUCUUCCUCCUCCGUUCCACUCCUCUCCCCGAAACUCGCGCCAACGCCGCACGCGCCUUGCACCUCCUCAACCCCUCCCACCUCUGGCCCAACCUUAAGCCCAUCGCCCAGGCCCACCUCAAGGCCCACUUCCUCAACUUCCUCUCCGACGAACCUUCCCUCCACGUCCUCCGCCUCGCCUCCCAUCUCCUCGCUCAAACCGUCUCCGUUAUCUUCAAAACUCACCAAACCUGGCCUGAGCUCCUCAAUUUUUUACUCUCCUCCAUCUCCUCCGAUGAAAACAAGCGCCGCGAGGUCGCCGCGCUUGUCUUCGCCAGGCUCCCAAACGACUGCCGUUUUCUCGUCCACAACGCGCUCAGGGACAACAAACGCCUUCUUCACGCGUCGUUUCUGCGCUGCCUCGCGUCGUCCUGCCCCGACGUCCAGGUCGCCGCGUUCGGCGCCGUCGUCAGCUUGAUCCCUCUGUUCUCCGAAACUAAGCUCUUCCACGAGCUCCUCCGCGCCCUCAUGGUUGGCGUCUUCACGCUCCUGCAUGGCCACGAAGGAAGCUACUUCAAAAUCGCGUUCGCGGAGUUGAUAAAUCUGGUUUCUCGCCAGCCGCAGCUUUUGAAACCCUACAUGAACGACAUGGUUCUCGACGUGCUUCAGAUCGCGGAGAGCGGUGGCUUGAGCGACGAAACGCACCGUUUGGCGUUUGAGUUGGUGAUGGCCAUGGCGGAGGAGAAGGAGUACGAGAACGUCUUCGCUAACCUUCCUUACAGGAUUGUGUGCAAGCUGUUCCUUGUUCCGAUGAAGAUGUUGCAGCGCCUCGCGGAGGACGAUGGUGAGCGUGAAUUGAAAAACGAGAAGGUUUUUGAUGUUUACGAGUUUGGAAUGAAGAGCUUGAAGAAGCUUUGCGUUGUGCUCGGAGCGAGUAAAGCCGUGCCUGUUGCGUUUGAAGUGUUUCGGCUUCACUUAGAUGAUGAUGCGGAAUAUUGGAAGGAGCGCCAUGCAGGAAUCACAAUGCUCAGUGUGAUCGCAGAAGAGUUCUCUGAUGAAAUGGUAUUGAUGGAAAAUUUUCUGGUUGGAGUGGUGACCAAAAUUUUGAAGUCAAUGCAAGACUCUCAUACUCAAGUUCGGUUGGCAACUUUCAAAUUUAUGGAGACUCCUACAAACUUUGUUCAGGUGGUGCAAAUCCUUUACCAUCACAGGCUUGUGCAUGCUUUUUGCACUGCACUCGACAAUGAACAGGUCGUUAAAGUGAAGGAACAAGCUGCCUCAGCAAUGCAAUUUUUCCUAAAGAACACUUUGCCAGAAAGCUUAACACUAAAUAAGACUGCGGAAACUGUAUUAGGAAAAUUGUUGCCAUUGAUUCAGGACAAAGAUAGUGCCGAGAUAAGAGGUAUUGCUUUGUCAACUUUAAAUAUAGUUGCACAACGGUGUCAUGAAGUGGCUAACAAGUACUGUGCAAUUUAUCUUCCCAUCUUACUGGAAGCAUGCAAGGACUAUAAUUAUUAUAUCAGAGAGGAGGCAGCACGGGGAAUUCGAAUUUGUGCAGAGCUUGGAACACAACAGUUGAAGCCUUUUAUCAAUAGAAUAUUGUCAGAACUCGGUGUUUUGAUGAACAAUCCAAGUCCACUGAAUGAAAAAGCGCAUGAUAUUGCAGUUUCUGCUCUAGGAAGAAUUUGUGAAUUCCAUCGUGAAUGCAUUGAUGGCUCUCAGAUGGUUCCUGCCUGGUUAAGUUUCUUGCCACUUAGAAAUGAUUUGAUUGAAGCCAAACUUAUGCAUGAACAGCUUUGUUUAAUGGCUGAAAGAUUUGAUAAGGACCUUUUAGGAGCUGAUAGUCAAAACUUUAUCAAGAUUAUUGUAGUGCUUCUUGAGAUUAUUGAUAAGAGUGACAAAUUAGCUACAGCACAAACAAUCCAGCAGGUGGAAAAUUUGCUGAGGCAGCUUGGGCGGUGUAUUCCACGUAGUGCGUUUGAUACAAUUUUUUCAUCUUUGAAUGCCCAGCAAAGGGCAUUACUAUUGUCUUUGUUAUACUCCUAGCUUUUUCUCUCUUCUUUUACAAAGAAAAAGAAACAUGUACAUUAAUUCUUUCACAGGAAGAAAAUUUGUAUAGUCAUUGAUUUCUGCAAUCUUCCUUGCCAUAUAAUACUGUA